AUGGCGGCAAGCGAACUGGGCGGUCUAUCUCAGAGUGGGUAAGUUUUUUUCCGUUCUACUCAUGGAAUUACUUCGUACUGUUUAUUGCAAGCUAUAGAAUAUCUUUAUCCUAGCAACAGAGCGGACAUUGGUGCUGUUAGAAGUGGAAAUGAAAGAAAAAGUACGAAGUUUCUCGUGGUGUUGUUGAAUUUCCCAGAUCUGCCACUGAGAUCACGAGAUUAAAUUACAUUUUGCCAGCUAAGCCGUCGUUUGUUUCUAAACAUCAACAGUUGGUUCAAUUGGAGAGUGUUUCUACUUUAGGAAAGGGAGAUAACAAACGAGAACAUAUGAAACUGUGCUUUAAAUAUAUGUUAUCAUCCAUCGAACUUAUGCUGUCAGUUGAAGUAUAAUCCAACAACGUAGGUUUUCAAAAUAAGUUAGUAAUGGAAGAGUGGUCUACAAACGACUGAAGUUUUGUACUUUUGAAUGUAAUUUUUAAGUCUCCCUAUAGAUUUACUGCCUUAAGAAUAAUUCAUUUAUGCACAGAAGCACAGUUAAGUGAUAAAAUUUAUACAUUGUGGUUCUCUAUUUUGCCAUAAAGUGAAAAAAAAUUGCAAUCCAGUAAGAAUUUUUUUCACUUAUUUGGUGACAACAAUGAUGGAAAAAAAGAAAUGUUAUGGUUAGUGUGUAUUCUCCAACCUUGAAAAUUUACUAGGUUGUCAUUAUAGAAGUAAUUUUAAAAUAGAAGAGAAAGACCUCCUAUGAGCUGAGUUCUUCGUGCUCUGAUUUUCAAGCUUGGGCCACAAAUUCAAUUUGAAAAAUGAGGUUCUGUGAUAUACAGUUAGGACAGAGAAAAUGAAGUUAGCAAGAAAUUUAUUAUAUUUUUGGGUUCAAUAGGGGGUGAAGAUUUUAAUUCAAACAAACUUUUGGUAAACUGACUACUCAUAAUGUACAUAUUAACUGAGAGAUGUUAUGAAAAAGAAACUUCUAUCAUUGCUUAAAAGAAACUCACUCCUGGUAAAAUGAGAUGCUAGGGUUAGGGUGAAAAGGAUUAUUUUACACUAAAUAAUUUAAAUAAAUAAAAAUUUUUUUACAUAAUAUUCAGUUAUUUCUGUCAGAAACAUUAACCUAUGAAACUUUUUUUUUAUCUUUUAGGAAUGAAGUGCUCAUUGAUUUACAGAAGUUUCAAAUGACACCCAUGGAUACAGUUAAUGCCGAACAUCUGGAGCUCCUAAUAUUAUCAUCCAAUCCUGUGCGUGAUACUGACAAGAGUUGCAAUGAAUCUGAGAAUGUUUCCACUUCUAUUGAAGUAGAAACUGUGAUGAUAGCUAAAGAGGCUGGAAUAUUUGUUUCAGAUGAUAGUACCUCAUUGGCAGAAACUGCUGAAGGAAGUAACUCAUGUGAAGUUAACAUUGUGGUUGACAAGGAGUUUAAAUGUGCACAGUGUGACAAGAAAUUCUCAGGAGCUUCUAGUCUAAGCCGACACAUUAAAACCCACAGCAACAUAAAGCCAUUUAAAUGUGAUGAGUGUGAGAAAGUGUUCUCCAGGUUGUCGAGCUUGAAGAGACAUAAAAAUUCCCACACUGCAGAGAAACCUUUCAAGUGUCAAGUUUGUGGAUGGAGUUUUAUACAGAACUCUGAUCUAAAAAUCCAUGAAAGAACUCACACAGGUGAAAAACCAUUUCCAUGUGAUCGAUGUGAGAAAGCAUUUGGAUGCAAGAAACGGCUCAGGGCUCACUACAGGAUGCACACAGGAGAAAAACCUUACAAAUGUCCUCAGUGUGAGAAGAGUUUUUCAAUGAGGAAAAAUGUGAUCCAACAUAUUCGAAUUCAUACUGGAGAGAGACCAUACACUUGUGAAGUGUGCAAGAAAAAUUUUCGUCACCAACACACACUUAAAAAGCAUUUGCACCUUCACACAACAAGACCAAAUUUUACAAAAUCAAGGUAAUGAAUUCAUGCUUUGUCAAGUUUUGCUAUUGCACUUCAAUCAGCUGAGCUUUCAGGUUAACAAAUUAUUCAAACCUGAUGCACUUUGCACACUGUAAGAAGUUCCGGGAUCUGAUUGGUUAACUUGAAUACUACUAUGCACUCAUAGCUUAUAACAAGUGAUUUUCAUGAAGGACUGACCAUUACCCCUUUCUUAACAUCUUCAAAAUUAUUUUGUUCCUAGUUUUCGUACCACUCAUGCAUAUGUUAAUAGAAAAAUGUGAAUUAAACAUCCCAAAAAUUGCACGCAAUUGCAAAUAAAAGAUCUUGCCUGUCAAAAAAUUGCAUGUGCAUGCACAACCUUGAGAUGCUGGCCUCAUUAGUAUAUAUGAGGUAGUCCUUUUGUUUUGCUAUUCUUGGCAGUUUAUUGUUUUAAAGAAAAGGCUACAAUGUAACCUACAUGGCUACCAACGACAGGUAAACUUGUCUGUUGUAAUCGCCAGUUGUUGUAUUCACUUGAAAUUUUGUGUUCAUGGUAAAGUUAGGGAAUGGGGUGGGAGUUGGGUUGACCUGGUGUGCAAUGUGCUGGACUCUAGACUGAGAGUUCCAGGUUCAAGCAUUGCCUAGGUCUUUUUGUUGUGUUCCUAGGCAAGAUAAUUCACUCUCACAGUGCCUCUUUUCACCCAGGAGUACAAAUGGGUAUCACUUAAUUGUAAAGAGAAACAUGAAAAGAUGCGGGGGAGUCAACUGCUAUGAACUAGCAUGGUGUAAAUAUACUCAUGCUCUCUUCAUGUUACAGAAAACAGGAUAAGCUACAGCAGAUACAUGUACAAGUAUACAUCCACAGGUUGCAAAGAGACACUCAGAGAAUGCAUUUAUUUAACAUGAGAUCACUGCUGUCAGUCUCCAACCUUUGUGUAAACUCAUUGAAAUAUAAGACUAAACCUCACAUAAAUAUAUUUAAAUUUGGACAAAGACCUGAAUUGAAUUACAACAGAUAUACUGAUAUACAUGAUAUGUAAUGAUUAACAUCAAGUGUUCUCAUUUUUGGUUUAGUGAUAAAGAGGGAGAUGAACAGACUGCUGCUGCAUGGCCUAGAAAGAGAAAAGGAACCAAGUCUGGGCAGAAGAACCCUAGAGGAAUCAGGUAUGGGAAAGAAUAAUAAAGUUUGAAGUUUACCCUUAAACUCCUAGUCAGCAUUUCAAGCUGCAACCAUUCUGGUUGCCAUGGCUUUUGGGAAAAAAACUUCAGGUCACUUUAUUUUCAGUGACCAAUGAAGGCCAUGAGUGGCUAAGAUUUUAUUUCAGGCCACCCCUAAAUUUUUUGUUGGCCAAGUGUAGAAUCUAAAAAACUUUGAGGUUUGAGCGCUUGAAGUGAUAUACAUUUGACAUCUUACUAUAUGCAAACGUGUUACAGACAGAUGACAAGAAAGGCAAUUAGAGGCUCAAAAAUGGAACUUACUGUAUCUUAAUAGAGAACCAAAUUUUGCUUAUUUGUUUUGUACUGUACAAGUGUAACAAACAGAGGCUUGAUGGAAGAAUUGAGAGAUUUGUAGAAUUUACUUGUAGCAAGGAAAUGAUGGAAGUUUUUUAAGGUGGCCUCCUAUAGCAAGCAGAGCUGUGAUAUUGAAAGAUUGAAGUAAUCCAUUUUGUUUCUGCUAUAAUAUGUCUUCUAUAGUAAUAAUUUACAAGUAAUAGAUCUUGGAGAAAGAUGUUUUUUGUCUUGUUGUGAGCAUAGGACAAAGAAAAAAUUCUGAGUCCCCAUGAGGAAUCAAACCUCAGACCUUCAGAUUCUGCAAUCUAAUGCUCCAACACUGAGCCAACAAGACUCUGUGGUGAGCAAGGCCUAUUUGGAAGACAUGACACACAUCCUGCAUACUGCUAGGAUUAGCAAUGUCCAUAGUAUCAUGUUUGUAAAUAGAUUAACAGAGAUGGUAAGUUUUGAGCACAGUGAAGAAAUAGAGAAAGAUGUUCUUUGUCUUGUCAUGAGCGAAGGACAAAGAAAAAAAAAAACUUACCAUAUGUCUUACUUUAUAUUGAUAGAUCUUAUUCCCAGAGAUUUUGUGAAAUUGAAAAGGCACUGAAAAAUUAAAGUUAAUGAAUACAGGUUGCAGAGACAUUUACAGUUAUGUUAAAGAGAUGUAAUUUUUCAAAAUUUUCAAACAGGAAGAAGACUGGUAAAAAGUCUGACAGUGUAUCUCAUGAAAACAGGUAACUGCGUAAUGUUAUGGAUUCAUUUGCAACACUAAAUUUCUCUAUAAUAUUUUUAGGAGUAGCUAGUGUAACAAUAAUUUAGGGUUUACAAUGGUGCUGGAUAUUUCCUUUUACACAUUAUUCAUGUAAAGCACAGUUCAAGUGAAGUGUUUUUGGUUGAUUAUUUAGUUUGUUUUUUUGGUGAUUGUAGUGAAAAUGGGAAGAGUGAAGGAUCCGGUGCCAUACAGGAAACACAGAAUGACAACAAUUUGGUGGAACAGAGCUCCGAGGUCCCAGACAGGUAUUUGAUGAAAAUAAUUGUAUUAAUAUCACUCAACAUGAUAGUGGUAUUUAUGAUAAUGAUAAUGAGAAGAAUGAUGAGAUAUCACCACUGCAUUAGUGUUGCUAUUGUUUUCAAGGUAACAAGAAGGGCUAAAGGACAGAGAGACACUAAAUACAUUGUAUGCUGUCCUCUUUUGUUCAAAGGGCUGCCAAUAACCAAUUGUGUGAGAGACCUAUGUCAAAGUUUUGAUCUUAUAUUUUUCUUCCAGAAAUGAAGAGGAUUGUUCCUCCCAGAAGAUUCAGGAAUUUGUCGUUGAGACCUUGAGUGGUGACCAUUUGUUGUUACUAACACUUGCAAACAGUGGAGUACAUGAAAGUAGUGGUGACGAUGGCCAAAUACACUCAACUGCAUGUCCUGAACCUGUACUGAGCACUUUGCCAGCGCCUGAAGGAGAUGUAGUUGAGGCUAAUGGUAGAGAGGAAAGCGUAAACAAUGAAGAUGCUGUGACAAUUUCAGCAGGAACAAGUGAGGAACUCCCUGAUGAAACAUUAAUUAACAGUGGUAAAUUUAAAUGUCCACAGUGCAAUAAAUGUCUGUCAGGACCAUCAAGUCUCAGUCGUCACAUUAGAACUCACAAGAAUGAAAAGCCUUUCAAAUGUGACCAGUGUGAUAAAGUGUUCUCCAGGUUGUCAAGCUUGAAAAGACAUCAAAACUCCCAUUCUGAGAUAAAACCCUUCAAAUGUCAAGUUUGUGGAUGGAGUUUUAUACAGAACUCUGAUUUAAAAAUCCAUGAACGAACUCAUACUGGUGAAAAACCAUUUCCAUGUGAUCGAUGUGAGAAAGCAUUUGGAUGCAAGAAACGGCUCAGGGCUCACUACAGGAUGCACACAGGAGAAAAACCUUACAAAUGUCCUCAGUGUGAGAAAAGCUUUUCAAUGAGGAAAAAUGUGAUCCAACACAUUCGAAUUCAUACUGGAGAGAGACCAUACACAUGCUGGGUGUGCAAGAAGAACUAUCGUCACCAGCAUACGCUUAAGAAGCACAUCCGAAUGCACGCAGAUAAAAAUAAGAAUCUGGACAAUUGUAUCCAAAAAAUUAAAGGACAUCAGCUGAAAGGAAGCGAGGAGAAAGACAAUGAAAGUUGUGAAAGGUUGACAGACAAAUCUAUUCAGUCAGAACUUGGUGAACAAACUGUGCAGUUGGAAAACACUCAAUCUGGUGAUCAUGAUGGAAUGAACGUCGAUAAACAGUGUGGAGAAAACAAUUCUCAGGAAGAGGCUGAUCGCAGAAAACAAAUCCAAAAUUCUGAACAGCAUGAGAAAAGUCAACAUUUGGAA